CUGUAAUGCACUGUUAGUGCUCUGCUAAUGCAUGUUAACCUUCAUUAGCUCCUUUGGUACCUGGCCAAGGUGGGAUAGGCCUUACCAGAAUGUACAGUUUUGGUGAAGCACUGAAGGGAUCCUGCUUUCAGGUCACUCUGUCCCGGGUUCAUAUUAAAGCCUUUUCUAUCAACGGCAGAGUCAUUUCAGUAAAAAAAAAUCACAUAUCAGCAAAAAGAUUCCUCAGAGCUGCAACGAUCAGCAAGAAAAAAGAGUUGGAAGACUUUGUAUUGCACAAGGGCCAGCGAUGAGGAAAUCCGUGUUAGUUAGCUUGUGUGAAAGCAUAACCCUGCCUUAGCCGCAGCAGUCCUGUGGCCAGGCUUUGGCAGCAUUAGAGAUUGUUCUAAUAGUAUUUUUAAAUGCAGUGUUACAGGAUUAUUGUAUGUUAGAAAAUGUAUACUAUUUAUCUCUCGUUCUCCUCUUCCAAGCCUAUCUUCUGUUACCACAGAAGUAAUGAUCGUGUGACAGAAUCAUGGAUUUUAAUAUAUGUGUUUUUUCUGUGUGUUGUUAAUAUUGACAUAGCUUCAGUUUUCUAGUCUUUGCUCUCCCUCUUCAUUGUUAAGUUUUUUCUUCCAUUUGGUAAAAGCUGCAGAUUUUAGUUACAUUUAAGAUAAGUGAAGUGCCAACAGUUUUGUUUCUGUCGCAGAGGUGGUGUAAUAAGACACAUGACUCAGGCAAAUAAGCAAUUCCUGCCCUCAAGGCUCUAAGGGUAUAAAACAAACAAGUGUAGAGGAGAGAAAGAAAUGCCAAAUGUGGAGUGAGCUGUUGCACACACAGUCCUUAAAUCCUUGUCGGCAGAUACCUGAAGCUGGGAAUAACAAAAGCAGACUUGGAGAGGAAGAAAGAGUACUGGGGGACAAAAGAGGCUGGGCUGAGAGAGACGUGAUUGAUCUUGUGAUUGAUCUUUCCUGGGUAGAGCAGAUUAGGGCAAGAAGCAGUCAAGGUCACCAGUAAAAAACCUGUAUAGAACUGCAGUCAUGUGCUGCUAAUUGAGGUGGAGGCAUUUGAACAGUGACAGUCACUGGUAGUUGCAGGUAAUUAAAUUUACCUCUGAGCUUCAGACCAUGAGGUAGAUCACGGUUACUCUUAGUGCAAAACUGCCUGUGUGUGAACACAUCAGAUUUGAUGUGAUUUGAAUUAUUCAAUUGAUUUAAAUCAAGUCAAACCAUCACAAUGCCUGAGUAUUCAAAGUAAAGUGUAUGCUUCUUAUCAAACUGUACUUUGAAAGGUGUUCCAGGAAGAAACAGGAAUGAUGAUUAGGAUAUGUGGAGUGAAAAUCAUGUGUGAAAAUCAUCACCAAAAUGAUGUUUUACGUUUGUGAUGAAUUCUUCAUAUUUACAGAGUUUUAUCCUUUAGCUGGAAAGGCUGAAAAUGAACAUGGCAUAUUUCCAGGCUGGCAGUUGGAUGUCGUAAUAAUAGCUGUAGUAUUCUUGAUUUUUCCACUGACGUUUGUUCAGGAUGACUUGCCUUCUGAAAUACAUUUGCAACUAAUGUUCUGUCUGAGUUCAUUUCGUAGACAUGAGAAGACUCAAUUUGGAAUUAAAUGUUACUUUUAUGGGUCACAAACAUUCCCUUAAAUCCACUUUUUACAGCCAAAUUAGUAAUGAAAAUAUCUGCUUUGACUGUUUGUUCUGCUGUUUUACACAGCUUUCAGAUGAUUGCAUCGUGUUUACAAUUAUUAUAAUAAUUAUAUUCAUUUACAGAGUAAUAACUGAUCUUUCUGUUGUAAAGCAAACCAGAUUAUCUUGUGAGCUCAUAGGCCACAUGUCUUUUUGAAGACUUAACUCUACUACACCAAUAACAGAAAGUCAGCCAGUAUGUGAUUGCAAAUGAAUUUGGCACAAGAUAGAUGGAAGAGCAAAUAACAAGGAGAAGAGGUAACAACUGUUGAGGUAAAUAUGCUUUCCUUUUCUUUUGCAGUUUUGGGCACACUCAUCUGUAGAAACUGUGUGGAUCCCUCUCUCGGUUAGUUUUAUUUUGUUGGACGUGCCUCAUUAUAACACUCAAGCUUUUAAGUUCUGAAAUAGCAGAGAUCAGUUUGUGGAAGGUUGAAAAUUUUUAGUCUAAUUGUAAGUGUGAAAUUUGAUGGCUUCUGAUGUAUCUAUGACACCAGAUAAGAUGUUGACUCAUGUAUAAAUGAUAAACUAUGUAUUUAGUAAUUAGCCAUCUUUAAAGUGUUUCUUUGGAGUACUGAGGGGAAAAUAAAUCAGAAGGCAUCCAACUAAACAGAUUGAGGAUCUCAUUUUGCACUCUUUAGAAGAACACUAUCUCUAAGGAUUCAUGAGUUGGAAAUGAAUGAUGUAACAUUUCAAUAAACAAUUUGUACUCCAUUUCAGUAGAAGUUACUUUUUGUUACUUGAUUGAAAAUAAUCUUUAUCAUUUUCACAUCUUUAAAACUAUUCUGGUUUAGGGAUGUCAAGUCAGAUUUUCUGUACUGUAGUAUACAGGUGUUGGCUUUAUGAUAAAGGAAUAAUAUUCCCUCCAGAAAGGUGUGUCCCUCUAAGUGAAGGGAAGACCUUGUAUGUUCCUGUGUUAGUAGAUGCACAGAUAUACAUCCAGUUUGGGUGGCUGCAUGCUGACCUUUCAAAAUCCCCAUAUUCAGGGGUUUGGUUCUCUCAGCUGACAAGUCUAUUGUUGCAGUAACAAAACCUUUGGUAAAAUUAGUGUUACCCCAAAAAAGCACAAAUUCAUCCCUCCCUCCCCUACUUUAUUCUAGUUGACCUCAACUUCGUUUUUUCUGUUCUAUAGUUAUUGACUGCAGUAUACACUAAGGGUUUGAUGAGGCCCAGGGUAAAUGAAUGGUCAUGAAAUUAAUUUUGGUAAUUAUGUAGGGCCUACUCUUUAUGCAGCUGAUAAACUAGUAAUCAGAUGUUCAUUUCUUCAUACAAGAUUGUUCCUGGAAUAGAUUAUUUCUUACUUGAACUUCUAUAAAAUGGACAUUAUUCAGAAUUAUCAGUAUAUUCUUGUACUAAGAAAUCUUAUUAGCAGUGAUUUGCUUUUGGAAGGCAUGGAGAAUUUUCUGGAGACUUGAAAGAAGGUGGCUCUUUUCCAAAUGGUCAGUUCUGAAGCAGAGGAAAGAGAUUAUUUGAUUUCUGUGUUCUUAGAUACUGUUCAGUAUAGCUGCUAAUGGAGGAAUUUGGAUUGAAGCUACUCUGGGUUUUUUCAUGUAGAGCCUGCAAUCUUAGGUAACUUUCUUCUCCAAGAAAGAAGGCAGUGAGAUCUGUAAAUAGUUUUGGGGAGGGAGUGACCCAUAGUGUUGGUGAGAAGUGCAGAGUUGGAUCCCAGGGAUUCUGGAGUAAGUGCCUCUGCCCCCCCUGCAUGAGUAACGUGCAGCCCUGGACUGGAGCACUCCUAAAUUAGGUGUUUGGUAUUGCAGUACCUCUGGCUUCAUGCUUACAACUUCAUCUUGGUCCUGCAGUGCUUGCUUUUCUGUGUCAUCUCACUGUGCUUCUCUGUUCUUUCUUCUAUUUUGCUCAAAAGUGGAGUCCCUGAAUUCCGUCAGUCCUAUGGUUUUGUUUGUUUGUUUUCCUAGAGGUUAAGAACCCUCUCUCGUCUGAAGUUGUAUUGGAAUUUGUCUCUUUCUCUGUUGUGAGUCGGUUUUCCUGUUUAACUGUGCAUGAAUUUGUGUAAAAAACAAUAUGAAGGCAAUUUCUUAAUUUGUAUUUGUAAAUCAGUGUCCAAAAGGAUGGAAAGAAGAUUUUGCAAGAAAGUCUUGGGAUAAAAAAAAAAUAAUGAUUUCAGCUGUUUCAUUUUGUUUUAGAUUGUGAUUGGAGUCGUGGAGAAUUCCCAACCCGUCCACAAUGGCAGAAAGGACAGAUGGUACAGAGUCCCAGGUGUCAGGGGCUGAAUACAGCCCUGUCAGUAAAUCAGAAAGGACAGAUCCAAGUGCCACGCAGCAUGGAAGUGAAAAUGCUUUGCAACUGAAGAAAGAAAUAUCUUUGCUAAAUGGGAUAAGCCUUAUUGUAGGCAACAUGAUUGGUUCAGGUAUCUUUGUCUCUCCCAAAGGAGUUCUCCUCUACAGCAGAUCUUAUGGAUUGUCUCUGGUAGUUUGGGCAAUGGGAGGGAUAUUCUCAGUCUUCGGAGCUCUCUGCUAUGCUGAACUUGGAACCACCAUUACGAAGUCAGGAGCCAGCUAUGCAUAUAUCUUGGAGUCUUUUGGGAGCUUCAUUGCUUUUAUUCGUUUGUGGACCUCACUGCUCAUUGUUGAGCCAACCAGCCAAGCAAUUAUAGCCAUCACCUUUGCUAACUACAUAGUUCAGCCCUUCUUCCCUUCCUGUGACCCUCCGUACCUGGCCUGUCGCCUCAUAGCAGCUGCCUGUGAAUGUCUUUUAACAUUUAUAAACUGUGCCUAUGUUAAAUGGGGAACACGUGUGCAGGAUAUAUUUACUUACGCCAAAGUUAUUGCUCUCAUUGCCAUCAUCAUAGCUGGAAUUGUUAAAAUAUGCCAGGGGCAUACAUCACACUUUGAGAACUCUUUUGAGGGAUCCUCUUCUAAUAUUGGAGACAUCUCCCUUGCACUGUAUUCUGCCUUGUUCUCUUACUCUGGUUGGGAUACGCUCAAUUUUGUAACAGAAGAAAUCAAAAACCCAGAAAGGAACUUACCUCUGGCUAUUGCAGUGUCUAUGCCAAUUGUGACUAUUAUCUAUAUUAUGACCAAUGUAGCUUACUAUACAGUGCUGGAUGCUCAAGCUGUUCUUUCUAGUGAUGCUGUGGCAGUGACAUUUGCUGACCAGGCAUUUGGUAGCUUCAGCUGGACAAUUCCCAUUGCUGUAGCCUUUUCUUGUUUUGGUGGACUUAAUGCUUCAAUUCUAGCAUCAUCAAGGCUGUUUUUUGUAGGAUCUCGAGAAGGUCACCUUCCUGAUCUGCUGUCUAUGAUCCACAUAGGGAGGUUCACACCUGUGCCAGCACUGCUCUUCAAUUGUAUUAUGACCCUUUUUUACCUGGCUGUGGAAGAUGUCUUCAAGCUUAUUAAUUACUUCAGUUUCAGUUACUGGUUUUUUGUUGGUCUGUCUAUUGCUGGACAGUUAUAUCUGCGCUGGAAAGAACCAGAUCGACCCAGGCCUCUUAAGCUGAGCCUGGCAUUCCCAAUAAUAUUCUGUAUAUGCACAAUAUUUCUGAUAGUAAUACCACUCUAUAGCGACUUUAUAAAUUCAGUGAUUGGAAUUGGCAUUGCUUUAUCUGGAAUUCCAUUCUUUCUCUUGGGAGUCUAUUUACCUGCAUCGAGGAGACCUCAAUUUAUUAACAAGAUUUUAGGUGCAGUCACACGAAAGGUGCAGCUGCUCUGUUACUGUGUUUUAACAGAGAUGGACACAAAUGAGGAAAAGAAGUUAGAAAGAAAAUCCAACUAAAAUUUAAAGCCAUUACAAGAAGCAGGAGGGAGGACACAGCAGUUAAAACAACUACAAAGGGAAGAGGUAGAACUGGAAAAAAUGGGAAAACUGUUUCCAGUGGUCUUUUAGAAAUCCUGAAAACGUCCUUACAGUUGGGUUCCCACAGAGAUCACGCCCCCACGUCAUCCUCCUGAACUGGGCAUGUUGGCAGGGCGUGUUUUCCUGGGAUGAGGAGUAUCUGCCCAUGUCAGGCACAGCAGCUGUGUCAGUGGUUCCCUCAGAACUGUGUUAGCAUGGGAAGAGCUCCCAGAUCAAAUCCAACUGCUGCACAGCCAGGCAGUGAAGUAAAUGCAUUUUUAAGUUAGACUGAAAACCACUUUGACUCAAAAGACCAAGUCAUUUCCAGCUUCAUUCUGAUGGAUUUUCGCAUGAAAUGUUUUGCUGUGCUAUCUCAGUUCUUACCCCAGAAGACAACUGGUUACACCUACCUACCUAAUUCGUCAUUGAGAAGAAAAAUGAAUAAAGUUGUGCUCCAUUAUUUAAAGACUGAACCAGCUUUUCUCCCUUAGAGAUAAGUAUUUUAUGCCAUAUACUACAUGGAAUGUGGUAUCUGACCGUGGCAAAGAUUUAAUCAACAAGGCACCUUGGCACUAAAAGUUUGAUUAACAUUUGAUGAUUCUUUCUUGUAAGCUUGUUUUUGGUGAACUUCUGCUAGGUUUUAUGAAAUUUUCACAAUAAAAAAUAUGUUCAGUUUGAA